UCAUAGAACUAUAAAUAAAGAAAAACUUAAGCAUCACAACUCUUCGAAUUUCGAACUACUCAUUGGAAAUAUAUUUAAAAAUUUUUAAAAAUGUCAUCUAAUUCAAAGGGUAAGCCAAAUUCCGGCUCUGCCGUGGAGGGACCUUCUCUACAGGAUCGCGAGAUUUCUUCUGCUAAUGCUCAAAACUUUGACGCUAUGGACAAACGCCUUAAGCUGCUUUUGGAUCGUUUGGCUCUUUUGGAGUCGUCGUUCGCUGCUCUGAACAUUCCCCAAAAUGAGUCCUCCGACAAUGAGGGCACCGAUCAGGAAGAGGACUCAAAGGCUAUGGAGGAGGCAUUGGAUAAACAGGAUUCUUCACUUUCCGACUUGCCGGAUGGUGAUGAUUCGGUAGAGAAGAAAGAUGAUACUGAAAAAGGGGAUUCUGAAAAGUGAUUACGCUGUAGAAUAUAAUUGAUUUGUGACACUUGAUAUACAUUAUAGUUAAGGGCUGAUAAUUGUUGAGAAUGGUGCAAUAUUAAAAUAUGUUGGCAAUCCGAUUAAAAAAAUUUUUAUUAGGGGUCCAGGUACAGAAAUAAUAUACAAUCUUAAUGGAGGUUUUUUACAUAUUUUUUACAAAAUACUCAUACUCUACAAUUGAUGAUGUAGAUGUUGUGAUGUUUUACAUAGGCCAGACUUCUUCGGAUGUGGAAUUUUACUUUUAAUGUAGGACAUACAUAUACAUCAUACACUGAUCUACAUCUAUUUUACUCGUUUUCUUCCAUGAUGGCAACGCCGUAACGGAAAUUAUUUUUCAAACCGCCAAACCAUUAAAAAACCGCAACCCAAUUUCUUUGUUACUUUUUUGUAUUUUUUUCUUUUUCAUUUUGUUUUAAUACAAUAUAUAAAAACCGA